GAAAAAAACGAGUAACCUUUGUACUUUCUUUUUCUAUGAAUAAAGUACACAUUUAUAUAGAAUCUAAGAAGGUAUCUGCAUCAUUAAAUUUCAUGGGGGGUUCAAUUAGGAAAAAGAAAUAUCUAAAAAGGAUCUGGGGGAAGGGGAAAGAGGCAAUAAUGCAAAAGAAAAACGAUUGAGAAAUGUGGCUCUACCCCAUUUGGAGAAUGCAAAAUGAAAAGCGAAAACAGAAGUAGAAAGCAAGGGAAACAUUCAGAAAUUGAAAAUUUAGCAUGUUCCCUAUUUAAGACACACACCAAGGAAGGUCCGCAGAGAACCUAGAGCCCAGCUCACAGUCGCCCCCCUCAGCCAGGCCAGCAGCAUCUGCAAGAUCCCCAUGGCCCUGCCCUUCACCUUCCCGCUGGCCCUGCUGGUGCUCAGCUGCAACUCCAUCUGCUCCCUGGCGUGUGGCCUGCCUGAGACCCACAGCCUGGGUAACAGGAGGGCCUUGGCACUCCUGGAACAGAUGAGGAGAAUCUCCCUUUUGUCCUGCCUGCGGGACAGGAAGGAGUUCGGAUUCCCCCAGGAGGUGUUUGAUGGCAACCAGCUGCAGAAGGCUCAAGCCAUCUCUGUCGUCCACGAGAUGAUCCAGCAGACCUUCCGCCUCUUCAGCACGGAGAGCGCCUCUGCUGCUUGGGAUAAGACCCUCCUACACAGAUUCUGCAAUGGACUUUAUCAGCAGCUGAGUGACCUGAGAGCCUGUGUGAUGCCCGAGGUGGGGGCGCAAGAGGCUCCGCGGACGGAUGAGGACGACUCCAUCCUGGCUGUGAGGAGAUACUUCGAAAGAAUCACUCUCUACCUGCAAGAGAAGAAAUACAGCCCUUGUGCCUGGGAGGUUGUCAGAGCAGAAAUCAUGAGAUCCUUCCCUUGAUCAACGAACUUGCAAGAAAGAUGGAGGAGUAAAAGAGGAGACCUGGCUCAACAUGGAAAUGGUUCUCACUGACCAAUAAUACCCCACUUCGCUGCAUUCUGCCCUGACAAAAAUGUUUAUUUCUGCUGUAAUCAUGACAUGAUUCGAAUCCAUUCGUCAAAUGUUUUCGGGACUGUUAAGUAACGUUGUG